AUGAGUAUAGCUGCAUAUGCGUAUGAAGCUGACAGAGCUAAACGUUUAUAUUUUGGUCAAUACUCUCUCACACUUACUGAUAAAUAUAUUGUUAUCACUGAUGGAAAUACUGAGAAAUACAUAACAUGGAAGGACUAUGAAAAGUUUGACCCUAUUUUAACUCCAUGUACUAUGCCAUUCAUUGUAAAUGGUGAAAUUGUGUCAAAAAAUAAUGAAACAGUGUAUAAGUCAGUGUAUGAGGCGCUGAACUAUAUGCUUCAUUUCAAUCCUUCUGGUUUUGACCCACAAAUAACUUCAUGUACUAUGCCAUUCAUUGUAAAUGGUGAAAUCGUCAUGAAGAACGACACAACUGUCUCAAAGUCUGUUCGUGAUAUUUUAGACUACUUGCUUCAUUUGGGUCCUACAGGAUUUGACCCAUAUACAACUCAAUGUCAAGUACCAUUCAUAAACGACUCAGCAGAAAUAAAACUCAAAACAUCAACAGUAGAUGAAGCAAUUGCUGACUCAUUGACAAAACUUCUUGAUAUAAUAAUGAGGUUCAAUACAUUCAAAACAACAUAUGAAACCUUUAAGAAAAAUUAUGACGAUUUCUUUAAAAUUACAUACAUCGAGCCUUCUGCUCCUCAAACACCAGACUAUGCAUGCCUUAAAAUAAAGGCUGCACGGACACAAGUUAGAACAUUGACUUUUGACGGAGAUAAUAUCGUUAGAGACGUUACACCUGGAGACACAUUACUUACGAAAGAAUACUUAAAAAGUCAUAUCAGUGAUUUUGUGAAAGUAGAACAAAGUGGAGCAGGUAAGAGUUGGUUAGGGUGGUUGUUUACUUUAUUUUCAUCAGGUGUAACAACCGCAUCUCUUAUAACCAUGCAAAGUGAGAUAUAUGCACUCUGGGCUUUUCUUGGUGGCAUAGAUAGCAUGAAGUUUUAUGUUGAGUUUGCUAAAUUACAUGGAAAUACAGGAAGUUUCUUUGACGGUCUCAAAAAUUUAUGGGGUAAAGUAACAUAUAAUACAAAGAAACUAACUAACUGGGCACUCAAA